AUGGCGACUAGAUUUACGAGAACGUCGUUCGUCUGCGGACGCUGCCUUCGAAGUACGAACCGAAUCGAGCCUAGAAUCCGAGUUGCCCCGCGAUUUUACUCCUCCGAACGAGCUGCCGAAGCUGCCGAGACGCAACAGCAGCAAGAUGGGCCCCCUAAAGAGAAGGGUGCUAUGUCACGCAGACUGGAAGAAGCUACCGAGGAAGCUCUAUUGACGGGAGGCCGUGCUGGACGACGAGCAGUCGAGGAUGCGGGGUUUGAUCAAGAGCUCAAGGAGAAGCUUCUCGACAAGGUUCAAACAGCCAAGUUCAGAUCCGACUUUGCGUCUGCCUUUGCCGAGGCUGAGAUGCCCACUUCCGCCGCUGAAGGAACCCGAAUCAUGGCGACAACGCAGCCUUGGACUGGCGAGGAAUCGCAAUCCGACACUGCACUUCGCAUGCUGAAUGAUGCGAGGAAGCCUCUCAAGCCCGAGCUGCGCGGGAAAUACCAGAUCCCGCCAGUCGAUAUGCGGAUACGACGAGAACCGAAAGUCAACGCUGGCCAGCGCGCGGCCAACGCACGCGAACGAGCGUCGACGUAUACCGGUAUGGGGAUGAAGGAGAAGAAUGGGCUCAGCGAUGCUGAGCGGGAGGAGAUGAGGAAGACAUUCCGUGAGCGAUUCGAGCCAGGCGCUAGAGCGAUGCCGAACACCAUAUCUGGACUUGCUGCACUGGCGAACGAGAGGAUAGAAAACGCUAUUGCCCUCGGGCAAUUCAAGAACAUCCCUCGCGGCAAGGGCGUCGAGAGAGAUACUAGGGCGGAUAAUCCGUUCAUUGAUACGACGGAGUAUAUCAUGAACAAGAUGAUUAAGCGGCAGGAGAUUGUUCCACCUUGGAUUGAGAAGCAGCAAGAGCUGGCAAAGGUUGCGGGCGCUUUCAGGGCGAGGUUGAGGAACGAUUGGCGGCGGCACGUCGCGAGGAUGAUCUCCUCUCGAGGCGGCAGCCUCGAGGAGCAGAUGCAAAAAGCGGAUGAUUAUGCUCGCGCUGAGGAGCUGCACAACCCGCGCAAGAGGAACAGCGACAGUAUCUCAGUGCCUACAAACUCGACGGAUGACAUCGUCAUGGUUAAGAUGCGGCAACAGGCGGCGGAGGAUGCGGCAGCCAAAGAUGCAGCUGUCACGGCUCCGAGGGAGUCCCCAGCACCUCCGGUAGCGCCGUUUCGUGAUUCGGAUUGGCUUGAGGGCGAACGCUCGUACAUGACCCUCGCUAUCGAGAACAUGAACGCCAUCACGCGGUCCUACAACCUCAUGGCACCAGAGCUGGCGAAGAAACCGUACUUCUCACUAGAGCGUGAGCUCAGUGCGUGUUACGCCGACGUCGCGCCACAGGUAGCUGGGACCAUCAGAGAGAGGGCGACAAGGCCUGUCAAGCCAAUGUUUGAUUCGGCCGGCGCUGGACCAGCGGCUAUUUUCGAUCGUUGUAGUAAGGAGGGCAAGACGGCCAAGAUCUACGAUUCGAAAGCUCCUCAUUACGGUUUCAAGGAGAUGUGGAGAGACAUAUGGAAUUGA